AUGAAUAGAGUUCUUCAUAACUACGGUUUAAUCGACCAAGAAAGUGAUUCUUCCGACUUUGAAAAUGAAAUGGCAGAAUUUAACGUUGCAAUUCGGAAAGAGAAAAUUUUUAGAGAACGCAAAAAUUACUUCGAGUUAUUGGACGAAGUAGAGUUUCAGAAACGAUUUCGUUUGAAGAAACGAACAGUUAAGAUGAUCCUGGAAGAAUUACAAGAUCAGAUAAAAUAUCCCACCAACAGAAAUAAUGCUAUCUCUUCAAUGACGCAAUUAUUACUAACAUUGAGGUUUUUUGCAACGGGGAAUUUUCUCAUUACAGCCGGUGACUUUAGUGGUGUUAGCGUUGCAGCUGCUGGACAAAUUGUAAAACGAGUCAGUUAUGCAUUAGCUACAAAAAGUGAUAAAUAUAUAAAAAUGCCUAAAACAACAGCAGAGAUAAUGGAGCUGAAAGUGAAGUUUUAUGGAUUAGCCCGUUUCCCAAAAGUAAUAGGUGCAAUAGAUUGUACCCAUAUAAAAUUACAAUCUCCAUCAAGAGAAUAUGGGGAACAAUACAGAAAUAGAAAGGGCAGGCUCAGGGCAAGAAUGGAACUUCAUGAGUUUAAAGAUUGUGUGAUUUUGGGAGACGCAGGCUAUGCAUUAUCCCAUUACUUACUAACACCUAUAGCAAAUCCAACAACCAAGGCUGAAAGAUUGUACAAUGAAUCUCAGAUUAGGACUCGUAAUGUGGUGGAACGGACAUUUGGAGUCUGGAAACGAAGAUUCCCUGUCUUAUUUUUUGGACUCCGUUUGAAAAUGGAAACAUCAAUGGCAGUUAUUCAGUCCUGUGCCAUACUUCACAACAUUGCUCGCUUGGCAAAUGACCCACAACCACCAGAUGAGGUUGAAAAUAUCACAGAUUUAUUAACCAACGAAUUAGUGGAUAUAGAAGAUGUUAUACAGCCAGAACAUAAUAAUUGUGGUCUGAGAAAUGCUCUUAUAGCAGAACAUUUUGGUCUCAUGUGA